AUGUCGGAUCACGAGUUUGGAGGCAACGAUGAUCUGUCUCUGCCAAAGGCAACGGUGCAAAAGAUCGUCAGCGAGAUCUUGCCUCCCCAGGGCGGCGUCGCCUUCGCCAAGGAAGCCCGAGACCUCCUCAUAGAAUGCUGCGUCGAAUUCAUCACGCUCAUCUCGUCUGAGGCCAACGAGAUUUCCGAGAAGGAAGCCAAGAAGACGAUUGCGUGCGACCACAUCACAAAGGCACUGGAGCAACUAGGCUUCUCUGAUUACGUGCCGGCCGUGCUCGAGGCAGCUGCCGAGCAUAAAGAGGUCCAGAAGGGCCGCGAGAAGAAAGCCGACAAGUUCGCUAACAGCGGCAUGUCGAUGGAAGAGCUCGCUCGCCUGCAGGAGGAGCAGUUUGCCCAGGCGAGGUCACGACACACGUGA